GAUUAAACUUUCACGCUCUUGUUCGCUUUCUCACUCGGUCUCUCUCUCUUUCUCUUUCACUCUCUUGGAUUUAUUAUUGCAAAGACUUUUUUGUUUUCACGAGAUUCCUAUAAAUCUUUUUCGCAUCUUUGGUUUAUUAACAUCCUUUGCUUUCUUACUGAUAUUUCUUUUUUUGUUGCGUCUCUCUUUGGGUUAUUUUCUGCUUGGAAGUUAAAAAUCUGUAUUGGUUCUUUUGGAUAAUCAAGUCCUGGGUUUCUCUUGCCUUUUGGUUUUGGUUGGUGGGUGAUAAAGAUUUUUCUGGCUGUGAUCUUAUACCGAAAGGAACAACGAUUGUUAAAGAAUUUUGGGGUUUUUUUUUGUUUUGUGUCUUUCAUGAGCAAGAGGAUUGUUGUAUCGUUGUACUGUUGUCCUACGGAGCUGUUCCUGGUUGUGUAUGGGAGAGCCGCGUGGCAGAUACUCUGAAAAGUUCAAAUUUUGUUAGGGAUGUGCAUGAAUUUGAGGGAAUUGUAGUGGUUUAAGGGCUGAGUAGUGGCUGUUGGCAAAGUUGGAGUCUUUUUGUCGUAGUGGUCUGAAACUGAAAGAUAUUAGGAGCGUUUUGAAUUUAAUUUCUUCUCUAUAAAGUGUUUCUGUUUGGGGAAUUCUGUGGUUUAAGAACCGGGGUACGAUCUUUUUGAUUGUAUAGGGUCUCCUGGUAGUUCAAUUGCUUCAUAGUACACAAGGGAUUGAGCUUUUCUGAUCAUUGUUCUGAUAUCCACUAGAUACAAGAUAAUCUCCUUUUGAAUGGGGACUGAUGUUGCUGAAGUAGUAGAAAAAUUGCCAGAUCCUUGUUCCUUUAAGGUGCACUUUUUGAUGUGUACAGAACUCCUGAAAUUGGUUGAUAGAAUAUCAAGAAUAUUUCCAGAAAUAGAAGCGGCUCGCCCUCGAUGCUCAGCAGGAAUACAAUCACUAUGCGUGUUGAACCGUGCAAUUGAGAAAGCCAAGCUACUUCUUCAGUACUGCAGCGAGUCUAGUAAACUUUACCUGGCAGUAACGGGUGAUGUAAUAGUCUCAAGAUUUCAAAGAUCAAGGAGUUUAUUGGAGCAAAGUUUAGGCCAAAUUCAAACUAUGGUUCCAGUAAUGCUGGCUGUAGAGAUCUCUCAAAUCAUGGAUGAUCUUAGGAGUGCAACAUUUUCUAUGGACUCAUCUGAGGAAGAGGCUGGUAAGGCUUUGCGAGGAUUGCUCCAGCACGGUGCUUCUACAUCAGAUUCAUUUGAAACCUCUGAAGUUAAAGCUAUUCAAUAUGCAGUUUCAACACUUCAAAUCACAUCCCAAAAGGCUAUCUUGAUAGAGAAACGAUCUAUCAAGAAGCUGCUUGAUAAAGUUGGUGAUAGUGAGGCAACAAAAAAGAAGAUUUUAAAAUAUCUUUUGUACCUAUUAAAGAAGUAUGGAAAUUUAGUUUUGGGAGAUCAAUCGGGGAAUACCCGUGUUCAGCAUGAAGGAGCAGUUGCAUCUGAGAACAGAAGAAAGAGUUCUGUGCACAGCCAGUCUGUUGAAGUGGAAUCACAUAUAGGAUAUGGGCAUCACGAGGCUCAAUUUGACGUCUUAAGUAGAGCUAUACCCCCUGAGGAAUUUAGAUGUCCAAUAUCUUCAAGAUUGAUGUAUGAUCCAGUUGUCAUUGCAUCUGGACAAACAUUUGAGAGAAUGUGGAUACAGAAGUGGUUUGAUGAGGGUAAUGAUACAUGUCCGAAGACUAAAAUCAAACUGGCCCAUCUGUCAUUGACUCCAAACACGAGCAUGAAGGAUUUAAUAUCAAAGUGGUGUACAAGGUAUGGAGUCACUAUUCCUGACCCAACAAUGAAACCAGAAGUCUUUCAACCUUGGGAAAUGUCUUCCAAUUCUAUUGCUAGCUUUGGCAGUUCUAUGAAUGAUAUACAGCUUCAGUUGGAUUUCAGCAAUAUGUCACUUGGAUCUUUAGACACAAGUUACACCUCAGAUUCAUCACACCCUAAGAUAUUAGAUGGCUUAAGUUUGAUGUCUAUGCAGACAAAAGAGGAGCACAAAUUUCAAUCUCAUGCUACCAUAAAUGAGACAGAUUUGAAAUUUCUAUCUAACCUUGCUGAACUUGAAUGGGAAUCCCAAUGUGAAGAAGUUGAAGAAGUCAAAAGACAUCUGAAUUACAGUGAAGAAGAUUAUUAUUCUCUGUCAUCUGAGAAUUUUGUUGAACCACUUGUUAAAUUUUUGAAGGAUGCAUGUGACCAGUGUGAUAUAAAAGCACAAAAAACUGGAUCUCAGUUGCUAUUGGCAUUUGUCAGUAAAAACAGAAGUGGGAUCUCAUACUUACGUGAAGAAGCAUAUAAUCUCUUGGAAACUUUUCUUAAUUCAGAAGACACAGAAGAGGCCCUAGUCAUAUUGGAAGUGUUGUCUGGCCACAAGUAUUGUAGAGCUAAAAUAUUAGCAUCUGGUGCGUUGACUUCCAUCAUAAAAAUGCUUGACUCCCAUAGCAGUUUCCAGGAACGGAUUAUCAAGAUUCUGUCCAAUAUGUCCUCAAGCAGUGACAUUUGUCCACGCAUUGUAUCUUUGGAAUGCAUCCCAAAAUUGAUUCCUUUCUUCGGUGACAGCACUCUUGCAGGAAAAUGUGCAUUUAUUUUGAAAAAUCUGUGCGAUGUAGAAGAGGCUAGGGUUUCUAUUGCUGAAACUAGUGGAUGCAUUGCUUCUGUUACUGCACUACUUGAGACUGGCAGUCAUGAGGAUCAAGAAAAUGCAGUGACUGUUCUCCUUUCGCUAUGCUCUCAACGUGUUCAGUAUUGUCAGUGGGUCAUGGAGGAGGGUGUCAUUCCUGCUCUUGUUGAUAUAUCUAUCAAUGGUAAUGAAAAAGGCAGGGUGAGUGCCUUGGAAUUGCUACGGCUCUUAAGAGAUAUCGAGUAUGCUGAAGAUCGGGGUUGCUCUGGAUCUGAUAUUGAUGCCUCUAAAGACACUACAGAUCUCUCUAAAGAAAAGAAAUCAUCUAAGACAUCUGGAUUUUUUGCAAAGAUACCAAUGUUUUCGAAAAAGAAGAAGUGAAAUUUGUGUCUUCAGAUUAUUUUAACCCAGUGGUGCCUCAUAUUAUGUCAAAUGAAAUGUAGUCUGCUUUGUAAAAUUCUCUUUUCUCUUAGCCUUUAGGGAUUUUCUGUUUAUAUGGAAUGGAGCCAUGAUUUCAUCAUGUAUAGUUAGUGGGUGAUUGGUUUUUUGAGAUCUAAUACUGAUUCUCAACCUGUAGCUUUUGUUAGCUUUAAUUCUUAAUUCAUGAUGUAUUUGCUGCCACUUUCUAGAUAAUAGCUUGACAAGAAUGCACAGUUUUGUGUUGUUUGA